UACGUUAAGUCAGUAAACAAAAUGGCUGUAAUGAGCCACUAUUUAGUUGCCGGGAUUCUUUCGACGUUCUCACUCUUGUGUGCUGCUGAAUUUUACGUUUUAGAUGACAGGGUUGGACUAGGGAGACGGUUUGAUGGAAUCGGUGGUUUAAGCGGAGGAGGGGCUACCUCACGACUCCUCGUCAAUUACGAGGAGCCCUAUCGCAGCCAAAUAUUGGAUUACCUUUUUAAGCCAAACUUUGGGGCUUCCUUACACAUUCUUAAAGUGGAAAUAGGCGGAGAUGCUCAGACAACAGAUGGAACAGAACCCUCCCAUAUGCACACAGAGGGAGAUGAAAACUAUUUCCGGGGAUAUGAAUGGUGGCUUAUGAAAGAGGCCAAGAAGAGGAAUCCAGAAAUCACUCUAAUUGGUCUUCCCUGGGCAUUUCCAGGAUGGAUUGGCCAAGGAGGUAACUGGCCUUAUAACUUCCCAGAUGUCACAGCUUCUUACAUCGUGUCUUGGAUCAUUGGCGCAAAGCAAAACCAUGAUCUGGACAUCAGUUACAUAGGGAUAUGGAAUGAAAAGGAUUUUGACGCAAAAUAUAUUAAGGUGCUUCGAGACAUGCUGGACCGAAGUGGUUUGGAAAGAGUUGGUAUCAUCGCAGCAGAUGGGAACUGGGCCAUUUCUAAGAACAUUUUGGUAGAUCCGUAUCUCAACGAUGCUGUUGAGGUGAUCGGUGUGCACUACCCAGGCACUAUGACUGUGAAGGAAGCCCUGUGGACAGAGAAGAAGCUCUGGUCAUCUGAGGAUUAUAGCACGUUUAACAAUGACAUUGGAGGAGGAUGCUGGGCUCGUAUUCUCAACAAAAACUAUGUGAACGGCAGAAUGACGGCCACUAUAUCCUGGAAUUUGGUGGCUAGUUACUAUAAGGACUUGUCGUUUGGCGGAGAUGGACUCAUGACGGCAGAGGAGCCAUGGAGUGGAAGCUAUGUGGUGCAGUCGCCGAUAUGGAUAACUGCCCACACCACACAGUUUGCCAAGCCAGGAUGGACCUAUCUACAAACAAUAGGAAACCUCACUCAAGGAGGGAGCUAUGUUGCUCUUACUGAUGGCAAAGGGAACCUCACUGUCAUCAUUGAAACUAUGACACAUAAUCACUCACAGUGUAUACGCCCUUCCCUGCCUCCUUUCAGCGUCUCCCCACAAACAGCAACAUUUAAGCUCAAAGGUUCUUUUGCAACACUCACUGAACUCCAGCUGUGGUACUCGAGAUUUGACUUUCAAACCAAAAAAGACACAUUAUUUGAAAAGAGAGGUCCUAUUAAGGUUCAGGAAGGCAUCUUCACUUUAGAACUAGGUGUUGAUGAAGUGUACACUGUAACUACAAUCACCACCGGACAAAAAGGCUACUACCCAAAUCCCCCCAGCUCUGCUCCCUUUCCAAAGAAGUACUCUGAUGACUUUGACAUCAGUGACCCUCCCUUCUCUGAAGCGCCUUACUUUGCAGAUCAAACAGGCGUGUUUGAGUACUUUAAAAACCUCACAGAUCCAGGACCGCAUGUCUUCACCCUGCGUCAGGUGGUGAACCAGCGACCAGUUACCUGGGCUCAAGAUGCUGACCAGACCAUCAGCAUCAUAGGUGACCACGACUGGCAAGAUUUGGAAGUGUCUUGUGACAUCUACAUUGAAACUGUCAACACUGGAGGCGUGUUCGUGGCUGCCAGAGUCGAUCAAGGAGGAGAAUCGGUCAGAAAGGCCAAAGGUGUUUUUUUUUGGGUGUUUGCCGAUGGUACUUACAAACUGACAAAUGACAUAGGUGGGAAGAAAGUCCUUGCAGAGGGUCUUUCUGGGACAAGAGCAGGCAUUUGGUAUCGACUAACCCUUACUGUCCAGGGUAAUUACGCUUCUGGAAUGGUGAAUGGCUUUCCACUGUGGAAGAAUGCUGUGGUUCUUAAUCCAAAGAAUGGCUGGGCUGCUCUUGGGACACAAACAUUUGAAUAUGCCCAGUUUGAUAACUUUAAAGUGGAGGCAGAAUGAGUCCCUGUGCCUUUAGUGGCCUCAACUACUUGAAAUCUUUACACUUCAUCUCUGCACUGAAAAGCAAUCACUAAAAGGCACAAUUUUAAGAAAUCGAUCAAAAUAUGUACACUAGAUAGUACAAACUCUGAAAAUGCCAUUUGACUUUGGGAUGCCUCCAUGGAAUUUUGUCUACUUUGUGGGAAAAUACAGAGUCUGCCUGUAGCCUUAAUG